GUGGGCUCGCAGCGCUGGUGGGAGCAGGAGAUCCCUGUGGGAGAUACCAUCGGCAAAGGGGAGCUCAUGACUCAUAACCUGACUGAGCUGAUAAAACCUGAAUCUUAUGAGGUGCGUCUUACUCCCAUCACUCGCUUUGGAGAAGGAGACUCAACCAUCCGGAUCAUAACCUACAGUGCUCCCAUCAACCCUCACCUAAGGGAGUUCCACUGCAGCUUUGAGGAAGAGCCGAUCUGCAUGUUUACCCAGGACAAGAAUGAUGAUUUUGAUUGGACAAGGCACAGCGCUGCCACCCGGGACACAAAGUAUACACCCAACACUGGCCCCAGCGCCGACCACACUGGGUCUAAGCAGGGGUUCUACAUGUAUAUUGAAACAUCCAGACCACGUAAGAAAGGAGACGAGGCUCGGCUUGUAAGCCCCUUUUUCAACAUCGCACCCAAAAACCCUUAUGGCAACCCUAACCCGCCUGCGUACUGCUUUGGCUUCUUUUACCACAUGUAUGGAAAACACAUUGGAACACUUAAUGCCUUCCUAAAGCAAAAGGGCCAAAUGACCUUAGACGCUCCCGUGUGGUCGCUAAGUGGUAAUCAAGGUGACCGGUGGAAGCAGGCCAAAGUAAGCAUUCAUCCAACAUCAUCCUUCCAGGUUGUACUUGAAGGUAUCCGGGGCCCAGGAAUCGAGGGAGAUAUUGCUAUAGAUGAUGUCACGCUAGAGGAAGGGGAGUGUCGAGAUCCACCGCCCAAUAUCAGUGCCAAUGCUCUGUCCACAUCCUCCCAUAUAUGGCUGCUUUGCACCACCUUGGUGUUGACUCUCCUUGAAGGUCAAAGGUGACCCUUUUUCUUUGUCAUCUCGGAGGAGAGAGUUCAGACCCACCGUCUGUGAGCUAUACCCUCUGCAUCCAAUCACCAAAGAUUCAUGCAUACCGAAAGCAUCAGGGUCCCCAGAAGGACCACAGACCAUUGGGGGGAGGGCAGGGUGGAUUUUAUGAAAGACGACACAAAAAGUAAUAAAGAAAACUUGCUAAUCUUUAUUUGAAGAGACCUCUUCUAUGUAAAACGAUCCUGACUGCAGGACUCUGGAUUUUAUGAGCACAAGAAAGAGGAGUUCACAAGGGUUGAGGGAAAUCAGUUUGUGAAGCACAAGAAUCAUUUUGUCAAUAUGUGGAAAACAUUUUGGAUUGCAGCAAAACGCAGAUUGCUGGCUUUUUAGAUUUUGGGUAUUUCUUCCCUCCCUUGAAGUAGGUGAAAUCAGACCGUUUUUUUAUUUGUUUUUUUAUCCUUAUUUUUUUGCAGCAGAUGCUGAUCAUCAAUUUUUUUUUUUUUUCCAUCCUAGCCCAGCCUCACACUUUGGCAUUUCCUUAUCUGCUUGGUGCUUUUCUGUAUGAAAAUCUGGAACCUGACAACAUUUAGUUAUGUCUGUUUAUCCCCCUGUAGCUGCCUACAUAUCUGAUAACACUGUGCUCACGAGUCCAAGUGGCAAACGGACAGUGUGGUCGCAGGGCUAAAGGUAGAACGCUUAGCAAGUUGUACACAGUAAAGUUCAAGUUGAGGGAGCUAAAAUAAAAUUUGAAAGAGGAGAGAUCGGUUCAAAAGAAGAAUUUUAAGUGAAGAAACAGGCAGAGUAGAAAGAGAUCCAUUUAGUGUGCUGCCUGUGGAAAAGAAGCCACUUUACUUUCUGCCAUGAAACAAAAGUGCCUUCAGAUUACAAACCGAAUCGUGAGCCUGAGUGUUAAUCAACAUUGAACAAGUCUCUGUUCAUGUUUCCUUUGAUGGGCUAUUUUCUAUCGUUUCUUUUGCCCCACAAGUGCUGAAGGAAAGCAACGCAAGCUCAGAGGGAGUACAGAAGUUGAGCUGCUCAAUUAUUAUUUUCCCCAUGGGACGGUUGCCUGUGACUCCAUGUGUGUGCGUAACAUGCCUGGGUCGUUGCAUUUUAUAACGUAAAGGGCAGCAAAACAGGCAGAGCUGGUGCCCACCCCUGGCCACACGCUCGGAAGGAAUGUGGAUAAAAAUGGAAAAAGGGAGGCUGACGAUUUCUUUCUUUCUUUUCUUUUUUUUUUAUUCUUGAAGAUGGUUCAAGAUCAAGCUAGUGGAUAAAGACAUCUCAAGGAAUGAAUACCCUACUCUCUUCUCAUAAUUCUCCUUCCCUGUGGGCGAGUAUUUUUUAACUAAAGAGAAGAGCAACUACUGAAUAAAACAUGGAGUUGUACAGCGAGGAAAGCAAAAACUUCGGGACUCCAGGCUCUUCGUUAGGGUGAUGUGUCUCACCCGUCUCCACCACCAUUUAUAUGGAACAAUAUGAAAAUUAAAAAAAGGGAUAGUGACCAUAAUAAUAGUCAAGAUAUUUUAUUACUCUUGCGAGAAUGUUUCUCUGCUUUUACACAAACUGUGAAGAUUGACUGUGGAAGAUCUACCUGAGACCAUAACCUUAACCAGCUGGGUUUUUAAAAAAAUGUAUUAUAUAAAAAAAAGAAAUCAAGAAUAUCAAGAAUUCUGUUCAUUGUUGGUUAUGACAAGAUGUUUUGAGGACUUGUGUCUCGUUUCUUUCUUUUAUUUUAUUUUGUUUGAAGAAGACUUAAACUUCCUUUCUCUUCUUGUUGUCUCCCUUUGCAUUGCUGAGAUAUCAAAGCUGAUGGAAGCAUAAGAAGUAAACCAAUUUGGUAUAUGUAUAACUUGUAAAUGUUAAAGAAAUUCUAUUCAAAGGUUUAUAAUAAAUGUUUUAUGUUGGAGUACAGGAAGCACAACAUACAAUUUAAGGUCUCGACAGUAUAUUAUUCCUUUAUAUUUCUCAACACAUGCGGGGCCUACUCUCACGGAUUCAGGCUUUUCAAAACACAAGUCCGUGUUUGACAUAAAGGUCUGUCCAUUUUCUAUUCUAUUUUAUUGUUCAUAUUUAUAAUGCUGCCACAGCAGUCGAGAGUAUAAAUGAAAUCUCCAUUAAUGCGGAUGUGGUUCAACAUAUGUAGCCUCCUCAGUAAAAGCCUGGAUUAGUCGGAGUAGGGUGUGUCUGUUUGUGAGCAUAAAGCUGUGUACAAUAGUUGUUAUAAGAAUCUGAAACAUGUAAAGAAGAUAAAUAUGCUAUAAGCAAAACAGAGCAGGAUGACAAGCAUUUCAGGGCAUCCAUACAAAACUGUUUGGUCUGUAUGAUAUUAUUAGAUAGUAUGUUUAUCAAAGAUUUUAUCCAUAAAUCUGUUCCUUUUGUUUUAAUUAUUAUUAUUUUAUUUUUUUCAUUUAAAAUUUCAAAUCACACUGAAUGUAUAUGAAGUCCUUGGGCGCUUUUUAACCUUACACUCUGACUAGAUGUAAUGUUUUACUAAAUCACAUGUUUUUUCUGUGUGUUUUUGAUGAUGCAGAAUUUCAGCCUUUUCUAGGUUAUUUGACACUAUUGAAACGUAAAAGAUUUAUCUGAUACAGACUCUGAAAAAGUUUCCAAAACUACAAACUCAGACAAAGAACCCAUUCCCUUGCUGCUGUAUCCUUCUGUGGUAUGGGAGAAAACAAAAGGUGUCAAAGUGCAGUCGCUGUUAUUAGUAUGGAUAUGAGUUUAUUCAAAUAUUUGCUUUGAUACCCUUUGGCAUUAAAUAAGAUUGGCACAUAAAACCCACAACAGCCCCUAAAUACAUGAAUGCUUCAGCGUUUGAAUAAAUGAUUACUUUAGAUAGAGCUGCUUUAGGUCAAUGAAUUUUCCAUUUUCAGAAACUGUUUUCUAGCGGUACCAGAGUGUGUUAUGCUACAGUCAGGAGCCACCUACAGUAGCAUUGCCUAUGACUGAAAAUAAGCAAAUACGCUUUGAGUUUGUCCAACAACCACAGAAUCUGUCAGCCAGCUUCUCCAAAACAUUAAAUAAUGCAUUAUAUCUUGUCUGUUUAUUCCUUAAUAAAAUGAAGUGUUUCAAUUCA